AUGGCUUCCCCUGAGGUGUCUUCGCCCCAUAUAGGGGUCAACAGCAGCAGCAGCAACAGCAGCAGCAGCAGCAGCAGCAGCAAUCGGCUGUUCUUUGCCGGAUCGCCAUCUCCGCGUCCGGACGCCUUCACAGGCUCCCCAGCAGGGAAGGCCAGCAGCAGCAGCAGCAGCAGCAGCAGCCCCCCCAGCAGCUUGCUGCAGAGGGUGGGCUUCAUAGAGAAGCAGGCGCAUGCACGCAGCAGCAGCUGCUGCUGCUGCACUGACACACACGUGUUCGUGGGCGGGUCUGGGCUUGUGGGGACUGUUUUUGUGUGGCGAAUCGUGCUGCAGUACGAGCAGCAGCAGCAGCAGCAGCAGCAGGAACAGGACCAAGAGCAGCAGCAGCAGCAGGGCCUCCAGUUCGUCGGGCUGCUGGGCCGCAUGGCCUCUCAAGUCCAGAAGUUAAUUCUCAAUCCUCAGGGCGACACUCUGUUAGCUUUGACGCAAGCAGGGUAA